AUGGCUUAUCAGAUUCGCCGAUUAAAGGCAAGAAUAACAAGAAUUCAUACUCAGGACGAGGAUUCAGACGAGCUUGAAACACCUACUUCAUCACCUUUUUCUAAUAUACAAUAUGACCGAGAAAAAUCAAAUUCACAAGAUUUAAAUUCUAAGUUUCUUGAAAAAAACCCAAGAAAAGAGUCUAAAAAUUUCCGUCUAAGCUUUGGAUUUGAGGAAAGAGAUGAAAUGAAUAUUUAUGAACAGGAUAAAGAAGAUUUUGUAAAAAAAAAAAAUCAUCUUAAACAGGAUUUUCUAGAAGAACAAGGAAUCAAAGGCUCUCCUCUUAUUCAUAAAGUUUUAGAAUCUCAUGAAAAAACAUCAAAGGUAACUCCAAAAUACAAUUCGGAUUAUUUAUCUAAACUUCGACUAUCUACACCAUCUACACCUAAGGAAUUUUGUAAUAUAUAUAAAGAAAAUGUUGAUAUUGAUAAUUUGCAUAUAACGGAAAAAAAUUCACAACUUUCUGUUAAGAUUCCAAAGAUCUUAGAUGAAGGAAUCGUCAAAGCUUUGAAAGAAAGGCGUCUAGAGAAAAGAGAGCAAAAUAGAUUAAACAAUGUUUAUAUUCCCUUAGAAGAUGAUGAUCAAAUAAUUUUAUAUUCAAAAUCAAAUGAAUCACGAUUACAGCGUGAAGAUGACAUAUUUGAUAAUGAUGGUAUUGAAGGGUUAAGAGAAUAUGUAGAUGAUAGAAUUAUACUUUCUAAAGACCUAAAAAAAACCCAAGAUAAGCAAAAAUAUAUUGAAAUGAAAAAUUCUAUUAAAAAUAUUCAAGAUAGUGAUAUUGAUGAAGAUGCUUCAGAAGAAGAAGAAUCUAAAUGGGAGCAAACUCAAAUACGCAAAGGUGUCUAUGGUUCAAAGCUUAUAAACAUGAAUUUAUCACCUUCAAAAAAGAAUCAGCCAAUUCCUUUAGAAAUACAAACAUUUGAAAAUUCAAUAAAUCGUUUGAAAACAAUACUAUCUUCUAUGAAAUCCGAAAAAGACCUCAUGUUAUCUCAAAUUAAAACAUUAACUUCAGAAAAAGAGGACAUUUUCAAAAAAGAAGCAAUUAUAAAAGAAUCUCUUCAGAAAGCAUCACAAGAAUAUUCCAAUAUUCAACUAAAAAUAUCUGAAACUAAUUCACCUUUUCGUGGUCUUGAUUCAAUGACAUCCUAUUCACUUAAACAAUCCCCUCUUUCUCAAACUAUUUCAUAG